AUGCUGAAGAACAACGGCAGCUACGAGAGAGAUGUUCAGCAAAGAUGCGCUAAGGCCACUUCUGCAUUUAACUCCUUAACGAAAUGCCUGUGGUCGACCCCCAUCACCAACGAAGUCAAGCUGCGAGUCUACCUAUCCGCAAUUCGCCCCAUCAUGAUGUACGGAUCGGAGAUUUGGGCAGCACCAUCAACGGUUAUGGAGAGGCUUGACUGCACGGAACGAAAGCUGCUUAGACGGCUACUUGGCUAA